AUGUCCAAGAAGAUCAUCACGGUGUUCGGAGCGACUGGUGCCCAGGGUGGCAGCGUCGUCAACAUCUUCCUCAACGACCCUAAGCUCAAGGCAGAGUGGGCAGUCCGCGGCGUCACCCGUGACACCACCAAGGAAUCUUCCAAGGCUUUGGCGUCCAAGGGCGUCGAGGUUGUCAGUGCCGAUCUUGGAGACAAGGCGUCGUUGGCAGCUGCUGUCAAGGGUGCCACUGCCGUCUUCGCGGUGACCAACUACUGGGACAAGCUGGACAAGGACUUGGAAAUUCAGCAGGGCAAGAACAUUGCGGACGCUGCGCAGGAGGCCGGCGUCCAGCACUUCAUCUUCAGCUCUCUGCUCGACAUCAACAAGCUCUCCAAGGGCGUUCUCCCAGACGUGUACCACUUUGACAGCAAGGCUGCUGUCGAGGAAUACAUCCGAACUCUCUCCCUGCCCUCGACCUUCUUCCUCCCCGGCCUCUACAUGUCCAACUUCCCCGGCGGCAUGUUCCGCCAGACUCCUCCGGACAACGCAUGGGCCGUGAACCUGCCCAUCCCGGCGUCCGCGCCGAUCCCGCUCUUCGACACGGUGGCCGACACCGGCAAGUUCGUCAAGGGCAUCGUUCUGAACCGCGACAAGGUCCUCGGCAAGCGCGUGCUCGGUGCGACGGCGUACGUGACCGCCGGCGAGACGGUCGAGGUGUUCAAGAAGGUGUACCCCGAGGCCGGCAAGACGGCCAAGUACAACCAGCUCACGCACGACCAGUUCCGCGGGGCGCUCAAGGGCCAGGGCAUGCCCGACUUCGUGGCGGAGGAGAUGCUGCAGAACAUGAGGCUGUUGGAUGAGUUUGGAUACUACGGCGGCGAGAAGCUGGAUGAGUCGCACGCCAUUGUCGAGGACAAGCUGACUACGUGGGAAGAGCACGUGAAGAACGCCAAGGCUUUUGCCGGGCUGCAGUGA